CUUCCGCUUCCGCCGCGCAUGCGCGCUGCGGCACGGCCGGCUGGAGCGGCGGAGGGAUGGAGGCGGCCCUGGAGAUCACGGCUCGCUACUGCCGCUCGGAGCUGGAGCAGUACGGGCGGUGCGUGGCCGCCAGCCCGGCCUCCUGGCAGCGCGACUGUCACCGGCUGCGCCUGAGCAUGUCCCGCUGCGCCGCCGGGCACCCCAUCGUGCAGCGCAUCCGGCAGGACUGCGCCGAGCCCUUCGCUGCCUUCGAGCAGUGCCUGCGGGAGAACCAGGCGGCAGUGGUGAAGUGCAGCGAGCACGUCAACGCCUUCCUGCUGUGUGCAGACAAGGUGAAGGUCUCCACGUGAGGGGAGCCCUGGAAGCAGAAUUCAUCUUGAGGAGUGAA